AUGCUCGAAGAUGACCUCGACGAGAAACAUUUAUCGGCCUCGAGACCAGAGUUGAUACGGAUCGAGUCGAACCUGGACAAGGCCAUUGACGCAGAGGCAAAUGUCAAUAUCUCAACCGCUUCAGAUGACACGGACCGUCAACACGAAGACCAUGACGACCUGGGCCCUCCUCCGAAUGGCGGCUUUCGUGCAUGGAUGCAGGUUGUCGGCUCCUUCUUCCUAUUCUUUAAUUGCUGGGGUACCGUCAACGCAUUUGGGGUUUUCCAGACUUAUUACGAAACCAACCCGCUCUGGCACGCAUCACCGAGCGAAAUCUCGUGGAUCGGGUCCAUCCAAGCCUUCCUGCUGCUGCUCGUCGGGCUCUUCUCCGGGCCCGCGUAUGAUUCCGGCUACUUUCGAGAGCUGAUCACGGUCGGAGCCGUUCUCGUGCCGCUGGGCUUUAUGAUGACCUCCCUGGCCAAGGAGUACUGGCAGACGAUGCUCGCCCAAGCUUUCUGCAUCGGAAUCGGCAACGGGUGCAUCUUCGUCCCCUCUGUCGCCAUCCUCCCGCAGUACUUUUCCACCAGGAAGGCCCUUGCAAACGGGCUGGCCGCGUCCGGCUCGAGCCUGGGCGGUCUGAUCUACCCGAUCGUGUUCCGGCGUCUGCAGCAGGAAGUGGGCUUUGCCUGGGCAACGCGCACGAUCGGCUUCAUCUCGUUUGUGACCGUGUGGUUCGCCGUGCUGGUGAUGAAGCCGCGAAUCACGCCCAAGCAGCGACGGCCGUUGACGGACCUGGGCGCGUUCCAGGAGCUGCCCUACACGCUCUUCUGCGUCAGCAUGUUCUUUGGGUUUGUCGGCCUGUACGGUCCCCUGUACUACAUCGGGCCGUACGCGAUCCAGAACGGCAUCACGGGCGAAAACCUGGGCUUCUACCUUUUGCCCAUCAUCAACGCCGCCAGCAUCCCCGGCCGGAUCAUCCCCAACAGCAUCGCCGACCGCAUCGGGCCCUUGAACGUGCUGUUUCCCUGUGCCACCAUCGCGGCCGUCCUGGCGCUCGCGUGGAUCGGCAUCAAGAACCUCGGCGGCAUCAUCGCCUUCGCGCUCAUCUACGGCUUCUUCAGUGGCGGCUUCGUCUCGCUGCCCCCCAUCGCCGUUGUCACGCUCACAAAGGACAUGAGCAAGAUCGGCACCCGCAUGGGCCAGUGUUUCUUCAUCAGCGCCUUCGGCCUCCUGGUCGGCACCCCCGUGUCCGGCGCCAUCCUCAAGAGCACGGGCGAGUGGUGGGGCGUGCAGCUUUGGAGCGGAGCAGCCAUCCUCGCCACGGGCUCGCUGCUGCUUUGGGCCCGCGUCGUAGUGGCUGGCUGGAGCCUCAUGAAGCGGGCCUGA